UUUGACUCGUCAAUUUUUUUUGUCGAUUUUUGUCCUUCCGUUGACGUAGGAGAACGAGGUGAGUUCGCUGAUGGACCUGCAGCCGUUUUGCCGAGCUGAAAUGCCUUGCAUGUGGGAGGUCUUCAAGGCGUCGUCCAGCUACGCCAUCCCCAACAACUGCGUGUGUCCACCGGAGAAGAAAUGCAUGUUGACAUCGGACAACCUGAGCAUCGGGGCGUACGUGUACACGUGCCAGGGCCGGAGACAGCCCUGGUCCUACCAGUCUCGGUGAACGGGGGAGGGCGAUUGCGAGAGGGCGAUUGCCUCUCGCGUUUCUUUUGGCGGGGAGACUCCGAGUUUUUUUUUUUUCUCCUUCUUUAAUUUAUAGCUCAUUAUUUAUUGGCUUCUCUCGGCAUAAAGCGGCAUUGAGCGAAUGCGGUCGGGUGUUUCAUUGCGGGU